GUCGUCCGGAAUAUUCUGACCUUCCCCAUCACCACCCGGAUAUCCUCGUUCGUCCUGCUCUGCAUCCGCCCCCUAUUUAUCUCGCCUCCUCUCCGACCUCCCACACACACUCCCAUUCGACCACGAAUUCCCCACCGAUUUGAUCCGAUUCUGUUCUUCUUCUCACAACAAUGAAGUUCGGCAAGAGCCUGAACAACCAGAUCGUGGAGACGCUCCCCGACUGGCGCGACAAGUUCCUGUCCUACAAGGACCUCAAGAAGCGGCUCAAGCAGAUCGGCGCCGGCUCCGGCGAGCGGCGGAGCAAGCGCCAGCGCGUGGAGGACGGCGGCGGUUCCUCGCCGGCGAUGACCCCGGAGGAGGCCGGGUUCGUCGCCCUCCUCGACGCCGAGCUCGAAAAGUUCAACGCCUUCUUCCUCGAGAAGGAGGAGGACUACGUCAUCCGGCAGAAGGAGCUGCAGGACAGGGCGGUGAGCGCGGCGGAGACGGGGUCGGCGGAGGAGCUGCUGCGGGUGCGGAAGGAGAUCGUCGACUUGCACGGCGAGAUGGUGCUGCUCGAGAACUACAGCGCGCUCAACUACACCGGACUUGUCAAGAUCCUCAAAAAGUACGACAAGAGGACCGGCGCGCUGAUCCGUCUGCCGUUCAUACAGAACGUGAUGCAGGAACCCUUCUUCACCACCGACCUCCUGUACAAGCUCGUCAAGGAGUGCGAGGCGAUGCUGGACCAACUCCUGCCACGGAGCCAGCAACCGCCGGCGCCGAGCGACGACGGGAGGGAGGACAGUGACGGUGACGACAAGCCCGUGGACAAUGCCAGCUCCUCGCUGGCCAACGGCGGCGGCGGGGCGCUGGAGCUGGAGGAGAUCGAGGACAUGGAGAGCACGUACAUGAAGAGCACCUUGGCCGCGCUCAGGUCGCUCCGGGAGAUCCGGAGCGGGAGCUCCACGGUGAGCGCCUUCUCCCUGCCGCCGUUGCACGGCGCCAACGGGCACGUGGAGGAGCCGGAGCAGGAGGGUUGAGGUGGGAUGCGAGGGACGAAAUGACGGAGAAGCCUGUCCUAGGUGGCUGGCCUGGUUGCUAUGAUGUGUACAAUGCUGCUUCUCGCUUGCACAGUUGCUCAAUCUUAGACCUUUGCUCAGAGAAGAUUUCUUACUUUGUUUAUGCACCAUGCACACAGCGUUUGUUUUCACACAUAAUGUGGGAACUGCUGUUUGUAAAAGUGGGAUAAAGAAUACUUUGAUAAGUCACAAAGUUUGCAGUACAUAUUGCACAAGA